AUGACCAGCACCUCUGAUGUCCCAGCGCGGCCUAACCAGCUGACCGUCAAUUUUCUGCAGAACAUUUUGCAGGAUUCGUAUCCGUCACAUCGUGUUAUCAAUUUUAAGUGGGAGCCCAUGAAUCUCGGGGUCAUUGCAGAUGUGGUCAUUAUCACUGUGGAAAUCGAGUCAAAAGGCGAAAAUGACAAAGCUAAGAGGAUGAAAAUUCGUCUUGUGGGGAAGUUUAUGCGGUUGGAAAUCCCGUUCGAGUCCAUGUUCGUGGUAGAAUCCAAUUUUUACAAAGCUUUUGCGGCGAAAACAGGCGACUUGGGCGUGAAGAUCUCGGCAGCUCUGGAUGAUUUUCCGUUCGCUAUUCCAGCUGCAACCUUUGCGUCUAGCAAGCUAAUUAUAUUGGACUAUGUGGAGCCAGUGCGAACCUAUACGUGCGUAGAAGGGAGUCCACAACAUAUGAUUUCGAUGCUAGUGACGAAGCUAGCGCAGAUGCAUGCACGCUAUUGGAAUCACAGCUGCAAUGGUCUUGCGACUCCAGCGGGAAUAGGCAGCCAGCUGACAGGUGAAGAGAAGCGUCUGCAAUUUCCAAGUUGCUGGAAGGUUUACUUGAAUGAUGUGUCACUGGAAAGUAGUGAUAUGGCAAGGAUUAUAGUGCUAUGCCAGCGUUUAAGUCAAAAUCCUAACCUACUUGAGCGGGUACACGAAAUGGUGGAAAGCGGUCCAUCUUGUUUCAUUCACGGCGAUUUUCAUAUUGCAAACAUGCUUUUACCGACUGACGAUACGGAAGACGAGAGAACUUGGCUAUUGGAUUGGGCAACGUGUGGAAGGGGUAACCCGAUGCGAGAUCUCGCCUUUUUCUUUAUCGUAAGUGUUAAAGCGAUCCAUCGCCGAGCACAGGAAGCGCAGUGUCAACAAAAAUAUUUCGAUACAUUGACAGCUGAAAUUGAAGCUGUACAUUUUACAAUGGAUGAGCUGCGCUGGCAGUACAAGGUAGAAGCUUCGCGGAGAGUUGGAUUUACACUUUCGAGAAGUCAAUCGCCGCAUGUGCUUGAGUUUGCUGGACAACAUUGA